UUUUUUGGUCCAAUGGAAAGAGAAGGGCAUCAAAUCACCAACAAUUUUUCGAAAAAGAAACAACUAGUACUAACCUUGCUCUUUACAACCAGUGUUUACUUUUUACCGGGAACUUCUUGAGAGCUGAGAGGGUGGAUCUUACGAUCUACUACGUAAUAUAUCAGGAGUCAAACUUUUUGGAGAAAGACAAAGAUGGCGGAAGAUUUGGUAUUGGACACUGCAAUCAGAGAUUGGGUGCUUAUACCGUUAUCGGUAGUUAUGGUGCUCAUCGGAGUCCUCAGAUACUUCGUAUCGAAGCUCAUGCAGUCAUCUUCUUCCCAGUCACCUGAUGCUAAAAUCGUCAAAGAAGGGCAGGCGAUAAUAAGGGCUAGGAAUUUGAGGGCAAAUGCCAAUUUUCUUCCUGCCAAGUCUUUUAGAGCGAGGCGAUUUUAUUAUAGCAAUGAGGAAAAUGGGUUACUUGUUGUUCCUAAAGGACAAGCUCAGAAUCCACAAGCGCAAAUGCUUUCUGAUCCUAACAUGGCUAUGGAUAUGAUGAAGAAAAAUCUGUCAAUGAUUAUACCUCAGACCCUUACUUUCGCAUGGGUGAACUUCUUCUUCUCAGGGUUUGUAGCAGCAAAAAUACCAUUUCCAUUAACUCAAAGGUUCAGGUCAAUGUUGCAAAAUGGGAUUGACUUGAGUACAGUUGACGUAAGCUAUGUUAGCAGUCGAUCUUGGUACUUCCUCAACCUUUUUGGGCUGAGAGGCCUAUUUAGUCUCAUUCUGGGAGAGGAAAAUGCUACAGAUGAUACCCAACGCAUGAUGCAAAUGAGUGGAUUUGGUUUUGACCCAUCAAAGAGUUUGGGUGCAGAGAAGGACAAUUUAGACAUAUUGCAGCAUGAAUGGGCAUUGCCUAAAUUCGAGCAACGAGCGGAAGCUGUUUUGAGGUCAUUGCUCAACUGAUUUUUCAUACAUACAUUGAGUUCGAUACACUUAUGCUUCAUCCGUAGGAGUCGUUUGGGUUGGCUCCCUCCCCCCUUGAAUCUACCUCGGCUGCUCACAAUGGUUGAGAUCUAUUGGAAGGAAAAUUAACAGCGGCUUCAUGGAAUGGGCAUCUGAAGCUUCCUUAGUUUCUUGAAGUAGUGAACUUGAUCAUUUUAGCGGAAUCAAAUUCUUUAUUUUUAUUUGUCUUAAGAUCUGAUAUGCUGCUGCAUUUAUUUAGGUACAUAUUUUAUACUAUCGUAUUUUGGUAUGAAUCAAUUCAGUGCAUCUCAACCUCCAUGCUGAGCUUAAUAGCCCAUUUGAUAGGGAUAAAUGGAUAAGCGUUACCGAAAUGACUGGUUAGAUUGUGAAGCCAUGAUCAACAUGUUGUUAUGUUCCUUUAUAGUCGUGAAUCUUUGUUUUAUUA